AGAAUGAGUCCGAGGCCAGUCUCCACCCUUUGCUCGGUGACGUCACUCAGGCCCGGGAGAGCAUUGGGAGGAGCGGAGCAGCGUGCGGUGGAUUAUACGAGAGGAGCAGCGUGGAGCGUGUAAGGAGAGCCGGGGGAACUGUACCAACAUGAUACCAGCAUCCACAAAGUGGUACGACAGGAGGGAUUAUGUUUUUGUGGAGUUCUGUGUUGAGGACAGCAAAGAAGUAAAAAUAGACUUUGAGAAGAAUAAAGUAACCUUCAGCUGCCUGGGUGGAGCUGAUAAUGUUAAACAUUUAAAUGAAGUUGAACUUUAUCAGUCUAUUGACCCUAAUGAGUCCAAACGCAAAAGAACAGACAGAUCUGUCCUAUGUUGUUUACGAAAAGGAGAAUCUGGCAAGUCAUGGCCUAGGUUGACAAAGGAGAAAGCAAAGCUCAAUUGGCUUUGUGUGGAUUUUAACAAUUGGAAAGAUUGGGAAGAUGACUCUGAUGAAGAUCUGUCGAAUUUUGACCGCUUUUCAGAGAUGAUGAACAACAUGGGAGGAGAUGAAGAUGUAGACUUACCAGAAGUAGAUGGCGCAGAUGAUGAUUCACCAGACAGUGAUGAUGAAAAAAUGCCUGACCUUGAAUAAGGAGACAUCCUGUGCUUUGGGGAAAGGGGUGGGAGAAUAGGUGGAAAAGAUAUUUCGAAAUACUCUGCAACAGUUGCCGAUACCCAAGUUGUAAAUACAGUUACUGAGUACUUCCAGUCAGCCUUGUUUGUCUAUCACCGAAUGGCGCUUAUCAGGGUUAGAGAUUAUGAUUGUACAGGACAUACUUAAACCUUUCUUGUUACAGAGCUGCUAUGUAAAAUCAUAACUGCCGUGCAUGUGUUUGUGGAGUAAGUGUUCUAGGAUUGACACAUUUAAAAAAAAUCUGUUUUAACAUUAAAAUUGUUUGGCACUUCAAUUUGAAUAUUC